AUUGACGGAUUCCUGGGCUCCGCCCCCCGCCGCUUUAUUGACGCUAAUGAGCAAGUUCUUCCCACCGCUCUCCUGCCUGGAAGUGCUGACAGAUCAAGGCAACAAAUUUCAAUUACAAUCCCUAAUUUGUGUCCGCAGAGUGUUUUUUACCCAUGUUAGUCCUCUCUGGCUCAUCAGAUCUUGGAGCAGCAGGAGGAGGUGGAGGGGGUGGGAGCGAAGGAGUGUAUCAGUGAGAGAGAGAGAGAGAAAGGGAAAGAGAGGGAGAGCGCGAGAGAGACCGAGGGAAGGAAACUUGGCGGUCGCGUCGUCGCCAGUUCCUCGGAUCCCAGCCCGAGAGAGAAAGAGGAAGCGCCAAAUUUGUUUUUUGGAAAGGGGACGGAUCUCGGAGGCGCCGAGAACCGUUCCACUUCGGGGUAGGGCUUUCCAGGAGCGGGUGCGUGCGCGCCGCUCGGAGUAUAUGCGCCAGGGGCGGCGGGCGCCCGGCGGCGGGGAUGGCCGAGAAGCGGAGGGGCUCGCCGUGCAGCAUGCUCAGCCUCAAGGCGCACGCCUUCUCCGUGGAGGCGCUGAUCGGCGCGGAGAAGCAGCAACAGCUUCAAAAGAAGCGGAGAAAGCUGGGCGCGGAAGAGGCGGCCGGGGCCGCGGACGACGGAGGCUGCAGCCGGGGCGGCGGCGGGGCCGAAAAGGGCUCCUGCGAGGGAGACGAAGGCUCUGCGCCCCCGCCGCCGGCGCGGAGCUGCGCGGACCCGGAGAGCAGCUGUGGCUCCCGCGGAGCCGCGGGCAGCUGUGAGGAUGGCUUCCUGCAGGGCACUUCCCCGCUGGAGUCCCCCGGAGGCUCCCCGAAGGGAUCCCCGGCGCCCGCUUUGGCCCGGCCCGGGACGCCAGUGCCCUCGCCGCAGGCGCCGAGGGUAGAUCUGCAAGGAGCAGAGCUCUGGAAGCGCUUUCAUGAGAUCGGCACUGAGAUGAUCAUCACCAAGGCGGGCAGGCGCAUGUUUCCUGCAAUGAGAGUGAAGAUCUCCGGGUUAGAUCCUCACCAACAGUACUACAUUGCCAUGGAUAUUGUACCAGUGGACAACAAAAGAUACAGGUAUGUUUACCACAGCUCUAAGUGGAUGGUGGCAGGCAAUGCUGAUUCUCCUGUACCACCCCGGGUGUAUAUCCAUCCAGACUCGCCUGCCUCUGGGGAGACUUGGAUGAGACAAGUGAUCAGCUUUGACAAGCUUAAGCUCACCAACAACGAACUGGAUGACCAAGGCCAUAUUAUUCUUCAUUCCAUGCACAAAUACCAGCCACGAGUGCAUGUCAUCCGUAAAGACUGUGGAGAUGACCUUUCUCCCAUCAAGCCCGUCCCGGCUGGGGACGGAGUGAAGGCAUUCUCCUUUCCAGAAACUGUCUUCACCACUGUCACUGCCUAUCAGAAUCAGCAGAUUACUCGGCUUAAGAUAGAUAGAAACCCAUUUGCCAAAGGCUUCAGAGACUCCGGAAGAAACAGAAUGGGUCUGGAAGCUUUGGUGGAGUCAUAUGCAUUCUGGCGACCGUCACUAAGGACUCUUACCUUUGAAGAUAUCCCUGGAAUUCCCAAGCAAGGCAGUGCAAGCUCUUCCACCUUACUCCAAGGCACUGGGAAUGCUAUUCCUGCCACCCACCCUCACCUUUUGUCUGGCUCCUCUUGCUCUUCUCCUGCCUUCCACCUGGGGCCCAACACCAGCCAGCUGUGUAGCCUGGCCCCAGCUGACUAUUCUGCCUGUGCCCGCUCAGGCCUCACCCUCAACCGAUACAGCACAUCCUUGGCCGAGACCUACAACAGGCUCACCAACCAGACCAGCGAGACCUUCACCUCGCCUAGGACUCCCUCCUAUGUGGGCGUGAGCAGCAGCACCUCCGUGAACAUGUCCCUGGGCAGCACUGAUGGCGAAACCUUCAGCUGCCCACAGUCCAGCUUAUCCAUGCAGAUCUCGGGAAUGUCCCCCCAGCUUCAGUACAUCAUGCCUUCCCCCUCCAGCAAUGCCUUCGCUACUAACCAGACCCAUCAGGGUUCCUAUAACACUUUCAGGUUGCACAGCCCCUGCGCCUUGUAUGGAUAUAACUUCUCCACAUCCCCCAAACUGGCUGCCAGUCCUGAGAAAAUUGUUUCUUCCCAAGGAAGUUUCUUGGGGUCUUCACCAAGUGGGACCAUGACCGAUCGACAGAUGUUACCCCCUGUGGAAGGAGUGCACCUGCUUAGCAGUGGGGGUCAGCAGAGUUUCUUUGACUCUAGGACCCUAGGAAGCUUAACUCUGUCAUCAUCUCAAGUGUCUGCACAUCUGGUCUGAUGAAGCCUUUAAGUUAAACUGUAUUUGAAUCUGUCUAAUGUAUUUUCAGUCUUUUUUUUAAAGCAGUGUGGAAGGAAAUUAUCUGCAGCUUGUAAAAUGUACAUAUCACAGAAAAUGAAGGCUCACUAAGGCUUUUGACUUUCUCAUGGUGAGAUUGUAAACUAUCUAUGGUAUAUGUGUAUGCUGUAUAUAGAACAUGUGGCAUAUUGAAGCCUCUAUCUUCCCUGCUUACUUUGUCCAGUUCCACAGAGUGUUAGCAUGCAUGUAGUACGUUUAGUCGAAUUCUUAAGACUCUUUUGAAAACAGAGUAGUAAACUCAAAACUUGGCAAUAAUACUAACCAGAUGAAGACUUAUAACUUAAUUUAUCAGAAAAAUGGUCUAAACAGUUCUUACUGAGUUUUUAUGACCAGUCUAACUCCAACAUAUAGAGUCUUGUGAUUUCUGUAAUUCUUGAACGCAGUGUGGGAACCUAAAUUGCAAAAGACAGUUGACGUCUUAGUAUUAGUUCUGAGGUAUUUGUAACAUGGAUUAGCAGCUUUUGCAUUCCUGCUUAUUCUUGUGUACUACAAAUAUUAUAUGACUUCAGAUCUAUAAAAUUCAUAACUGGCAAUAAUUUUCUAAGGAAGGUGGAAGAGAAGCUUGUGAAUUUUUUCACUUUCCAUCAGGCAGGGAAUCAAUUUCCAGUGCUUUGGAUUUGUGGCUCAUUUUGUUAAGUUCACCAAAUAGGCCACAAAAGAAUAUCCUAUAAACAUUCUUAAAUUCAUUUGCAUAUAUUCUGAAGGAGGAAUAUAUGAGUAAUAGGAAAAAAGAAAUAAAUCACUGUCAAAUCCUUUGAUUCUAAUGAAAAAUGUUUAUCUUUUCAAGCACAGAGAAGUAAUGUUGUCAACCACUCUUUAGGUUGUCAUGUAGUUUGGCUUUUCAUUAGGAUAUUUUUUCUUUUAUCUUAAAGCUUCCUAACCUAUGGUCUAUGCGCAAAGAAAGGACAUUUAUGCUACGUACCGUAUUUAUGGCUGGUAACUCCUCCAAAUGGAAACUUUCCCCCUCCUUAACCUUAUCCCUCUGUCUGAGUCUUGUCCAAAACAGACAGAUCUUAGGUCUUUAUGGUAUUAAAGCUGCAAGGAAUUUCAGAGGGUUAUCUCCAGCAAUCUGUCUUGUGGGGGCUGUAGUGAAAGGCCAAAGUCCAUUAUUAUAAAGGCCCUCUUGGAGUACUAAGGAGGAAGAUACCAAUUAUGAUAAAGGAACUAUAAAACUUUUAACCUCAACAGCGUUUUAAACUUCUGAAAUGAAGAAAUGAAAAUAGCACUACUUUUUAAAAAGUCCUUCAAAUAAUAUAUAUAUGGUUUCUGAGUUCAAAAUAAGUAGCUCCAAUAGCACAUUAUAUCAGAAUAGCUAACAAUGCAUGAUGAACUACAUUGCCUUUCUGUUGAGAAACUAAAAUGAUACGUUUUCCCUUUAACUCAUUGAAUUUAAUAUAUUUGACAAGUGAAAAAUGUGUGAUUUCCUUUCACUGCGUAACAAUUGCUUUCACUCAUUCCUAGUUUAGAUAGGGAAAAGAUAUAGCUUAUGGCUUCGUUGUUUACUUUAAAUGACCACCAUUGUUAGAUAUUUAGGGGAAUAUACUGUUUGAAAAGAAUUUUCAGGAUUUGACUCUGUUUAAAGGUACUGAAAAAUUUUCUCAUGGAUGCUAUAAGCAGUUCAUUGAGGUAGUACUGACCUUUAAGAUUAACAUGAAGAAAUGUGAAAUAUUUGCAAUAGAUAGAUCUAUGUAAGAUUUUGUGUAUGAUCUUAAUAACUUUGACAACAGUUUGGGACAGACUUUGAGAAUGGUCUGUUUUAGCCUUAGUUCUUGGUAUACUUCUUGGAGAAUACCGUUCCAUCUUGAGAAAUCAAAGAAAGCAAUGCAUUAUAUUCAUAUGUAUUAGUAAUCAGAGCAUUUUCUUCUUGCUGUUCAUAAUUUGAAAUGACACCACAAUAUGAGUAGAAUUUUUAUUAAUCUUUUUGGUAAAAUUUAGCAAUAUUGUACAAAUGCCAUUUCUUUUAAAUCUUACUGUAAAUAUUACCAUGUCACUUCAAAGACUAACAUUUUAUUGUUAUAUUAAAUGACAUACAUUGAUAAUUAUAAUUAUAUAUCUGUAUUUUAUUAAAAAAGUGCCUAAGAAAUUAUAUUAAAGUGUGUUAUUAAACCUUCUUAUCA